GCCCCGGGGAACUGAGGUGGGCCUGGUCCCUCCGAAGGCACGGAUGGCUGCAGCUCCGGGGCCGAGGUGGCCCCGUUCACCCGCCCCCCUCGCUUGCUGCGGUGACAGGCUCCCGCGGGGGUGCGCCGCGCAGUGACCAUGAAAGAUACCAGGCUGACAGCACUGGAAACUGAUGUACCAUCCUUCCCCAGAUCAGUCUGGUAGUGGCCCUAAUGAGCUGCACACGCAUUUAGCACACGUCCUGGAGCCCACACAGCAGAGUUGAGUGAGAGAAUGGCCCAGCUAGCCAACAUUGGGGAGCUACUCUCCAUGCUGGAUUCUCCCACAUUGGGUGUGCGGGAUGAUGUGACCACCAUCUUCAAAGAGUCCCUCAAUUCUGAACGUGGGCCUAUGCUUGUCAACACGUUGGUCGAUUAUUACCUGGAAACCAGUUCUCAGCCGGUAUUGCACAUCCUGACCACCCUGCAGGAGCCCCAUGAUAAGCACCUCUUGGACAAAAUUAAUGAGUAUGUAGGCAAAGCUGCCACCCGUUUAUCCAUCCUCUCGCUGCUGGGGCAUGUUGUGAGACUGCAGCCAUCUUGGAAGCACAAGCUCUCUCAAGCACCUCUUCUGCCUUCUUUAUUGAAAUGUCUCAAGAUGGACACUGAUGUUGUGGUCCUCACAACUGGUGUCUUGGUGUUGAUCACCAUGCUGCCGAUGAUCCCGCAGUCAGGGAAGCAGCACCUUCUUGACUUCUUUGACAUCUUUGGCCGUCUCUCGUCGUGGUGCCUGAAGAAACCAGGGCACGUGACAGAAGUCUACCUUGUCCAUCUCCACGCCAGUGUUUAUGCCCUCUUUCAUCGCCUUUAUGGGAUGUAUCCUUGUAACUUCGUCUCCUUCCUGCGCUCUCACUAUAGUAUGAAGGAAAAUGUGGAGACUUUUGAAGAAGUGGUCAAGCCAAUGAUGGAGCAUGUGCGAAUUCACCCGGAAUUAGUGACUGGAUCCAAGGACCAUGAACUGGACCCUCGAAGGUGGAAGACAUUAGAAACUCAUGAUGUUGUAAUAGAGUGUGCCAAAAUCUCUCUGGACCCUACAGAAGCCUCGUAUGAAGAUGGCUAUUCUGUGUCUGCCUGCUUCCCUCACCGUUCAGCUGAUGUCACCACCAGCCCUUAUGUGGACAUACAGAAUAGCUAUGGGGCCGUUACUUCUACCCCUUCCUCCAGCUCUCGGCUGAUGUUCAGUCCACCUGGGCAGCUACCUCAGAGUUUGAGUUCCCUGUCAACGCGGCUGAUCCCUGAGCCGCUGCAAGCUAGUCUCUGGAGCCCAUCUGUAGUCUGUGGUAUGACCACUCCUCCUACAUCUCCUGGAAAUGUCCCGGCUGAUGUGUCACAUCCAUACAGUAAAGCCUUCGGUACCACCGGUGGAAAAGGAACUCCGUCGGGAACCCCAGCGACCUCUCCUCCUCCAGCCCUGCCUUGUCCCCAAGAUGACUCUGUGCAUGGUCCAGCCUCCCAGGCCUCAGCCACACCCCCCAGGAAGGAAGAGCGAACAGAUUCCUCACGGCCUUACCUUCACAGACAGCCGAACGACCAAGGAUUAGAGGAUCCACCUGGAAGCAAAAGUUCCGUUAAUCUGAGGAAUCUGCCGGAUUUCUUGGGUGAUCUGGCUUCUGAGGAAGACAGUAUAGAGAAAGAUAAGGAAGAAGCUGCGAUAUCUAAAGAGCUUUCUGAGAUCACUACUGCAGAGGCGGAUCCUGUAGUUCCUCGAGGGGGCUUUGAUUCUCCCUUCUACCGAGACAGUCUCUCUGGUUCUCAGCGGAAGACUCAUUCAGCAGCCUCUGGGACUCAGGGCUCCAGCGUGAACCCUGAGCCUUUGCACUCCUCCCUGGACAAACAUGGCCCUGACACACCAAAGCAAGCCUUUACUCCCAUAGACCCACCCUCUGGCAGUGCUGAUGCCAGUCCUGCCGGGGACAGGGAUCGCCAGACUUCUCUGGAGACCAGUAUCCUCACUCCCAGCCCUUGCAAAAUUCCACCUCAGAGGGGAGUGAGCUUUGGAAGUGGGCAGCUUCCCCCAUAUGAUCAUCUCUUUGAGGUGGCCUUGCCAAAGACUGCCUGUCACUUUGUCAGCAAGAAGACUGAGGAGCUGUUGAAGAAAGUGAAAGGAAACCCUGAGGAAGACUGUGUGCCCUCUACCUCUCCAAUGGAAGUACUGGACAGACUGAUAGAGCAGGGAGCAGGUGCACACAGCAAGGAGCUAAGCAGGUUGUCCUUGCCCAGCAAGUCUGUGGACUGGACCCACUUUGGAGGCUCUCCUCCCUCAGAUGAGAUCCGGACCCUCCGAGACCAGUUACUUUUACUGCACAAUCAGCUGCUGUAUGAACGCUUCAAGCGGCAGCAGCAUGCACUGAGGAACAGAAGGCUCCUGCGCAAGGUGAUCCGCGCAGCAGCUCUGGAGGAGCACAAUGCAGCAAUGAAAGAUCAGUUGAAGUUACAAGAGAAGGACAUCCAGAUGUGGAAGGUGAGUCUUCAGAAAGAACAAGCCCGGUACAGUCAGCUUCAGGAACAACAUGACACCAUGGUGACCCAACUGCAUAGCCAGAUCAGACAGCUGCAGCAUGACCGAGAAGAAUUCUACAACCAGAGUCAGGAGUUACAGACAAAGCUGGAGGACUGCAGAAACAUGAUUGCGGAGCUUCGGGUGGAGCUAAAGAAGGCCAACAACAAGGUGUGCCACACUGAGCUGCUGCUCAGCCAGGUCUCUCAGAAGCUCUCCAACAGUGAGUCGGUGCAGCAGCAGAUGGAGUUCUUGAAUAGGCAGCUCCUGGUGCUCGGGGAGGUCAAUGAGCUAUACCUGGAGCAGCUGCAGAGCAAGCAUCCUGACACCACCAAGGAAGUAGAAAUGAUGAAAACUGCAUACCGGAAAGAACUAGAGAAAAACAGAAGCCACCUUCUCCAGCAGAACCAGAGGCUGGAUGCCUCCCAGAGGCGAGUUUUGGAACUGGAAUCUCUCCUGGCCAAGAAAGAUCACCUUCUCCUAGAGCAGAAGAAAUAUAUUGAGGAUGUCAAGAGCCAGGCGAGUGGGCAGCUGCUGGCUGCAGAGAGCAGGUAUGAGGCUCAGAGAAAGAUCACCCGGGUCUUGGAACUGGAGAUCCUAGACUUGUAUGGCAGGUUGGAGAAAGAUGGCUGCCUACAGAAACUAGAAGAGGACAGAGCAGAGGCAGCAGAAGCAGCAGAAGAGAGGCUUGACUGUUGUAGUGACGGAUGCACAGAUUCCUUGGUAGGACAUAACGAAGAAGCUUCUGGUCAUAACGGUGAGACCAGGACCUCCAGACCUGGUGGCCCCCGGGCCAGCUGUGGAAGUAGAGUCACUGGAGGCAGCAGCAGCAGCAGCAGUGAGCUUUCCACUCCAGAGAAACCCCCGAGCCAGAGGUUCAGCAGCCGGUGGGAAUCUGCCAUGGGCGAGCCCUCCAGCAGCAUCCCCACCACUGUUGGCUCACUUCCCAGUUCCAAAAGCUUCCUGGGCAUGAAGGCCCGGGAGCUGUUCCGUAAUAAGAGUGAGAGCCAGUGUGAUGAGGACGGCGUGACCAUGAGUGGCAGCCUUUCUGAGACCCUGAAGACAGAACUCGGCAAAGACUCGGGCACAGAAAACAAGACUCCCCUGAGUCUAGAUGCCCCACACCCAUCUUCACCAAACUCAGACAGUGUGGGGCAGCUGCACAUCAUGGACUACAAUGAGACUCAUCAUGAGCACAGCUGAAGAGGGUCUGUCAGUGUUACUUUGCGUCUUUGUCGGCACAGAACAGAAAGUGUGAAUGCACAGUCUAGGCUUCUCUGUUUCCAGGGUCUGAGCAAUGGCUUGUGCAGAGGGAAUGGGACAGAGGUCCUUUGACAGAGGGCGGAAUAUGGGAUGAUGGUUUUUGGGUCUGGCAUUGAGACGCUCCCUUCACCUCGCCCCAGCCUCUUUCAUUUACCCAGCAGUAUGUACUAACUGAGGGCCCGUGCUUUAUUCUCUCCCUCCCACCAAUGGUCAUGUCAUUGAGCCUGUCCGUCUGAGGCCCCAACAUACCACCCUGUUCUCCUGAGGCUCCGACAGCUGGGUGGCUCUUGGGUAGACCAGGCAGUUAGUGGUACUGCAGGUAAGUCCAGUUUUGUCCCUUCCAGGAGGAUAUAGCCUACAAAGCUGUCUUUACAGGAGCAUUCCCACUGCUUUUUGGUUCUGAAGUUUAGCAUCUAAGCCACAGAUCUAGAGAAACCGGCUCUCUCACCUCUGCCUUUUCUUGGCAGUUCUGAUAUGCUUCCUAGAAGGUUCUGUGAGACUACCAGUUGCUUUGACAGUGCAGUUGGCACUGUGGAGGCCACACUGCCUUAACUCUCUGGAACGCUCUUACCCCUCUGCCCCACUACCUCUUAUUUAUUUGAUAUUUGCUUGAAUGCUGGCACUGUGCUGCCGUGGGUGGGUGUGUAGGUAUUCAUCCUGCAGUCUGCAGACAGUGGGGAGUGGUCACUAGGAGGGGCACCUAGGAUGCCGUGCUCAUGUGAAUGUGUGCCUCUGGCUGGCCUGGUUCUUCCCCUUGGGUCCAGUUGCCUUGUGCAGCUGCAGCAGACAGGCCUGGGAGACAGCGCUUCCUUGUAGCUUAUGGAAUGAUCGCUGUUGGGCCGAGGGAUCGCAUUGCCACACUAGGUUCUCACUGCUUUACAUCAACUCUGACUUUGGGAAAGAUUCUCCCUGGAGCUUCAUAUCCAACACUUCUGUUAGGAACAGCAGAGCAACUCAGAGUCUGAUAAAGGCUGGUGGCCUACACCACUGCCUACCCUCAUACUCACGAGAGGUGACAUCAUCGGUCACUGCCAGAACAUAGUGGUGGCAGAGAGCCCAAACUCAACCAGUGCUCCUGAAAUAAAUGCUGGAAGUGUGAGAGUUGUUGCCUGAUAUUCUGGCCCAGGCAAGGAGAGUCAUGGGGAGGAGCCAUGAGCUUGGAUGGCUUGUUUCUAUUCUGUAAGAAGAGGGUUUAGCUACGACAAAGCUCAACAAAAAGCAAAUGGUACGAAUCUUACUGCAUAGGAAAGCUUCCAGCUUGAGGAUGAAAGGCUUGAGUGUGGCAGUAAAUAUCCUAGCAUCCUAAGGAAGGCAAGACUUCAUGCCACCAUGGCAGUGCUCUCUGAAGACCAGUCAGCCGUCUCACUGCUGGAGCUGACUGACAGUGCACAGGAAGGCACGCAUGCCCCUGAGCGCUCUCAGACCAGCAGAGGGCGGCAGUCGCCCCUGCACACGGAGCGUGGGUGAGCCACGGCUGGCUUUUCAUGUAGCUCUGCCCAAGCAAAGCGUAAACCCAGUACUCUCACCCAGUGUGGGAGUGGGCAGAUUAGCAGGUCUCACAGGUUAGUGGUAGACACUGCUUCCGAGAGUCACCACCACCAUCUGCCAGAGAACAAAAUAUUUAGAAAGAAAACUUAGACUGUACGGGUGAUGAAAGUUUAGGGAGAAGCAGCAGCAGCAUGGUAAGAUAAGGUAAGCUAAUGUGUAGGCUGCCAUCUCCAGACUCACAUGGGCCCUCUGCACGUCCCUCUCCAGCCUGUUCACACCUAACGGCAGAACCUAAACAGCCUGUGUGGUUCUAGAGGUUGGAGGACUGUGACUCUGAGUCAUCUUUAAGGUGCCCACCCUAAACACUGGCUCUUUUCAAAGGACUCCAGGGGUAGUGGGUGGUUGGGUGGAGGCUUCUAUUUUAGAGAGCAGUGACAGCUGAUCUGGGAGUCAGUGGGUCACCUGGCAUUGCCAUGGGCACGAGCAAAGCUUCCGAGAAGCAGCCGAGUCCUGAGCCAAGGUACUAAAACAGCUGGUGUCAUGGGCAGCCUAGUAUGUGUGUUAAGGUUACAUGGCCUUCAUCCUGUAAUCACUCGGACUGUGUGCUGUGGUUGCUGUCUCCUCGAGGAGACUGGAGGUUGUGUUUCUUGUGGUCCAGAAUCAGUCAGAAGCACCCUACAGUACCACUGCAGCGUAGGAGCGGAUCAGUGCCCAGGAGAGGAGCUAAGUACACAUUUCCAUGUCAUAUUCUUCCCUGACAUCUUAGAAUGUGCUUUAGGAGCAAGAGCAAUAUGGUAGUGAGCAUGAGGGAACAGGUUCUAAGUGGCCUCCAGAGUCCGCAGCGCAGGUGACCUCUGGACUGAGCUGCAGAAGGCUCCAACUGUGUGACAUGGUUAUCAGGGAAAUCACUCUUCUUAGAAGGCAAACUGUCACAACCCAGGAAAAGUCUGGUAGCCAGUGGUGGUUUAAAAAGCAGACAAAAAUCUCCCUGACCCAUGCUGCAGUAGCCAGUGGCUAAGCAUCUCCCAGGGUGGCGGUGGCACCAUAGGUGACAAGUGGUGGACUCAGGACCACUUGUAGUCUGUGGUCUUUAGUGCUCAAAGGAGAAUGAGAAAAUGUUAGCAGUCAAGAAUAAAAGGAGCUGAGAGCUGACCACAGAGCUCAGGCUGCAGUAAGUAUACAGAAAGCCAGGGAGGUGCAGUGUGCCCAGCCAGAGGGGACCUACCACCCGAAGCCAGGAAGAACUAAGGAGCAAACUGUGCUACAUGGGAAGGUGAGGAGCUUUCUUUACUGGGCAGUAGGGGUGGGAGGUGCUGGGCAUGCUGGUAGAGGUGCGGGUGUUGCGCAGGCUCAGUUUGCACUGUAGCAUGUGGAGUCUGCCUCAGCCGGAGGCCAGUGGCCCUACAGCCUAGGACCUAGUUUGCUGCGCCUUCACCCCAGGGCCAUGCUGUAAACCCAUGCCAUGUGCAUUGGAAACAAUAUCCAGUGUGAGGACGUUUGUGUCCCUGUGCCCAUCCAGAGGCUUCAUUGCCCUGGGUUUAGCCUGUAGAGGUUUAAAAAAAAAUGGGGGUGGUGGUGCGUAGAACAGAUCCCUGGGCUGCUGCCUCCCCCCUCGUUCUCAGUCAGCAUCCCGGUUGGUGAGUCCCUGGUGUGUUCAGGGGAGCAGUGCUUCUGUCUCUGGUAUCACCUUGAGUUUUUUAAUGCUAUAUAGAAAAGCAGCAGCAGCUACAACAAACUGCACCCUGACCAUUUUUGGUCUUAGAAUGAAAUUAAUGGGGGCGGAGAAGUGUCCUUCCCUUCUGAGAGCCCCAGUAUUAUCCACCCCUGGCUAAGUAGUCAGCCUGAGCCACUGGAGUAGACAAGGUUUUACAAGAACCCUAGGGUUCAAGGGCUCCAGAUUGAUCCUGCUUCCUGCUUCAGCUCACACAGUUGGAAGGGACAGGAGGAUCUGAUGCUCUUUUUUGGCUCCCUGGAAAAUCAGGCAGGCAAGCGUUUUUUGCACUAGGAAGAUUCAUUGGUCACCCUUCAUGAGACUGGGCCACAAACAUUACCGAGGAGCAGGUUUUGCUAAGACAUAGUUUAGUUUUAUAAUCAAUCAUGGAUGAACCAUAUAUGGCUAACUUGGAGUUUGAGCGAGGGGGUGGGGGGGCAUAUUCCCAUCAAUGAAAAUGAAUCAGAUUUUUAAAAAACUUUUUAGUUCAAUGGAAGUCACUUCUCAAAAGGUUAAACGUUCCCACUAUGAUCUUAAAAGCAUGUCAAACAAUCUGAAUCAGACGCCAUGAAUAUGGGCUGCAGAACAUGGUACAGUCUCAGUGGAUGGAAUCAAAGGUUUGCUGUCCUUAGAAUGUUCUAAAGUGUCAAGGCAGUUGCUUGUGUUUAACUGUGAACAAAUAAAAAUUUAUUGUUUUGCA